AUGAAUAGAGUAAUAACAUUUGGGUUUGCUACAUAUGAAUCAUUAGUUUAAAAAUUGAGUAGUGUUGAGAAUCCAAAUAGUCUCUUACGAUUAUAUGAAGAAAACAAAGAUUAAUUUAAACAUGAACAUGUAAUAUUAACAUUAAGAGUACUUGGCAGAUUUAGUCGUUAGAUUAAUUCAGACAAUAACUUUUCUGAAUUAACAAGUAAAUUAAAUGAUAUUGUUAAUCAAUUAACAGAAUAUGGUAUUUAAUUUUUACUAUAAUAAAGAUGUUGUUGAUGUAUUAUUUUGGUUAAGAAAAUUUCGAUUAAAUAGAAUUCCAACUAAUAUCACUAAUCAAACCCAAACAUAGUUAUUUUAGCGAGUUUAAUAGAUGUUUGAUAAUUAAAUGUUUUCAUUUAGAAACAUGUGUAAUAUUUACUAUGAUUUAUCAAUACUAAACCAUUAUAAUGAGAAUUUAGUUAAAUCUAUAUCAGAAUAAAUGCUUACAUCUAAAUAAAUGUCUCCAUUCCUCAUAACUUAAUUGUUGAGUACUGUAGUUAUUAAAAUAAAUCAUUGCAAUCUCUCUAAAUAUGAUUAAGUAAUCCUCACCAAUUCUAUCAAACUUUUAGAUACUCUAUUAGAUAGCUUUGAUAUUGAAUAAGUAUAUUAUAAUAUAAUUAAUAUAGAAAUCCUUAUUAUUUAAAGUUUGUGCUGAAGUACAAUUUUAAAAUCUUCCUCCAAAAUUUUAAUUACCAGUUUAAGUGAAAAAGAUAAAGGAUUAAUUAUUAGAUAAAGUUGAAUUAUUAUAAGAAGAAUCAGUUAUUAAUAUUUUUAAGGCUUAUGAAUAUUUACCAAGAUAAUUUGAUAUUGAUCUUUUAAGAGAAUUAAGAGAUAUGAUAUUAACUACAUUAGAAUAGAAUCCAUCAAAUUUAUCUAAUAAAUUUUUAAUUUAAAUUGCAGAAAGAAUGAUUAAGAUGACUAAUUAUAGAAUUCCUUAGGAUGCAAUCAAAAAAGUACUUUUAGAAUUGUGUAACAGAAUUUCUAAUAAUACUAUUGAUAUUCUUUUAAUGAAUUAAUUGAUAUUAGUUUUAAUGAAAUAUAGAAAAAUAGAUGAAGUUAUUUAAGCUUUUUUAAAGAUAGAAGAUAAAACAAUUAAAGUUUUGAAUUAUUUAUUUAUUAAUGGUAUUAAUAUGAAAGAAUAUGUGGAUAAAUUUAUGUUAAAUACAGAAUCUAAAAAGAUUCCUUUCAAUUAGGCUAUUUAUUAUGUAGUUUAUGCUAAUAGAGAUGCUAAAGAACAUUUGGAUACUCUUAUUAAAGUAAUUAGAGAUUAAAUUGAAAAUUAUCCAUUGUAAGCUUUAAAAACAUUAAAUGACAAUGAACUCAAUUUUUAAAUCAAAUAUCAACUUUAAGAAGAAGCCUAUUUAAAAUUAAUUGAAUUAGUAAAAUAACAAAAAUUUGAUUUUCUUAGAAUUUGUAGAGAAUUAAUUAAUUGUUGUUGUAAUAUUAAAUGUAGAAAUGCUCUUAUUUCUUUAUAUGAUUAAUAAGAUACUAAAAUAAAUCUAAAAUAAAUUAUGUAAAGAUUAGUUUAAGAAGUAGAUCAAUUUGAAACUGAAUCAUUUUCUGCACUUAUUUCAAUUUUAUUAAAGGAUCCAAAAAGUAUUCCAAUUUAAAAAUUUGUUGAUUAUUUGACACUUAAUACACAUAAAUUAAUAGAAUUUAUUAAAAGUGAUCAAAUUUUAUCUGUUACUAAAUUAUUGGUUGUUGCUUAUUAAGCAUAACCUGAAUAAAAAUUAUAUUCAAUUGUGAAUUUUGCAAAUAGAUUUGAGAUUGUAGGAUAUCAUAGUAAAUAUGUUAGUAAUGCAAUUAAAAAGAUUUCAGAAUAAUUCAAAAAGAAUUAUCCUUGUUCUCCAUAUCCAGAUCCAUUAUUUGUUAAUUUACUUAUAAAUCAUAAUAUAUUGACUCCUGAAGAAGCUGCUACUUAAUUAAGUAAUGAAAAGAUUCAUUAACAUACAAAAAUAUAAUUAUGUGGUAUUGCAUAAUUAGCUGAAAACAUUCCUGAACAUAUAAUUGAAUUAAGAGAUAAAAUUAAAGUGGAUUGUUACAAAGCUUUAGAAUAAGAAGUUAAAUAUUAACCAAUAUUAGAAUUGAUAACAUUAGGUGAUUUUACAUCUGAAGAAUUUAUUAAUAUCAAAACAAAACUAUAAAAAUUAUUGCCUUAAUUAUCUACUAAAUAAUAUUUUGAUCUAAUUAUGUUUGCUAAAGAUCAUUCAAUUUUAAAAGAGUUAUCAUAUUCAUUUGGUGAAUUGUCUGCUAAAUUAGGAAUCAAUAGAAUUAUAAGAGCUAUUGAUAAAUUUUCAAAAUUUUAAAUAUAAUCUUAUAUGGUUUACAAUGUUCUUGUUGAAACUUAUGGAUAUUCAUUUAAUUCUAUUUUUAAUGAAUAAAGAAUUUAGAUAUUAAAUAUCUGUUCUUAAGCUAAACUUAAAUAAACUGAUCUAUUUAAAAGAUCUCUAGAAAAGAUUAAAUAAUAAUCAUCAACAUAUUAAAACUUUUAUUAUGAUAUUAUUGAUAUUGUUACUAGUCUAGGAUUUAUUGAAUAAGAAUUCGUUGAUCUUAUUAAUUCUAUAAUAUUAGAGAAUACAUAAAUUUCAGGUGGUACUGCACUCAAAUUAUUGUAAUAUUAUGUCUUAGCAGAUCAACCUAUUGAAAUUAUGGAUAAAAUUGCACAAAACAUAAAUGAUACUAAAUACAAAGAUAAUUUUAAGACUGCUUAUACUUAUGAAAUAUUAUUAAGAAAAUAUCCAAAUUCUAUUACUACUAAAAUUCAUGAAAACUACUUUAAUGAUGAGAAAUUCUCAAAAGCAAGAUAUUAAAUUGCUAAUCCUAAUUCUAAGCAAUUUUUUAUACAUGAAUUCUGUGUUCAAUAUCUAAAUUUAUUAGGUGUUGAAUUAGAGACUAAUAAGAGUAUUGAUGGUAUUAAUGUUGAAUUCUACUUACCUUCAAUGUAAUUAUCCUAUACUAUAAAUUAAGUGAAUCAUCUAUCUUUAUAGCUGGUUAAAGUUCAUUAAACUUUGAUUAAACAACUUUGAAUGGAUUAGGACUUUUGUAAAAGAAAUUGUUGUCAAUCACUACAAAAUAAGUUAUUGUUAUUAAUUUUAAAUAAUUCUUAAAAUUAUAAACUCAUGAAGACAGAGCUAAAUAUCUUAUCAAUUUAGGUAUUACUUCUAUUUAUAAUUAUAGGCAUACCAAUUAAAGUUGAUAUAACCAAAGUAGAUUAUAGUACAUUAAAAACAUAUGAUAAAAAUGAUAAAGAAAAACCUUAAUUCUAAAUAUCAAAAACUCGUUAAAGAAAAUAAUAUGGAAAAUAAGAUUAUCAUUAAGAUUACAAUUAAGAUUAUCAUUAAGAUUAUUAUUAAGAUUAUUAAUAAUUUGAUAAAGAAUGA